CUUGGACUUCAAGAUGGAUCAACUUCAUUACCUCCAGAGCAGCUACCUGACUCUGUCUCCUGCCCCCGCAGCCGCUGCAGAAGGAGCGCCAGGCCGGGGCGGAGUGCGGGCUCGCGCGGCAAGUGAGCGCCGAGGUCACGAAAUGGAUUCGAGUGAACCGGAGACCCAGAAAACGGAAACGAAGGGAGAACGAAGAGGUGUUUGAAAAGGGUUAAAGGAUCUCUGAAAAAAGAAAAACUGUGUUCAGAAUAAAUCACCCAAUCUUAGGUUUCUGUAUGUGGUUGUAGCACAAACUGUAGCACACUCACUCACCUCGACUUCAGAGCCAUCUCAAAAUGGAGACAGAAGAUGAAAUAAGUGUAUUAGUUUUGAAACAACAGGAGGGAUUUUAUUUACUGUAAAGCAAAUGAGAAAUUUGUUUUCCUAAAUUCGGAAUUUCAGUAUGUUGCUUCGCAGAAAUUGGGACUGCCUAUUUUCCCCUGAAACUGUAUUAAGUGAAAACUUGAUUUGUCACUAUAGUAAAUAUUAUGAAGUCAAGCGUCAAAUGGGGACAAGGGGAAGGAACAGGAGGAGGAAGAAAAAUGGAGCUUUGAAAGCUUGCAGAGAGAGCCUGCAAGAACUGAAGGAGACUCAAGACCUGUUCUUGCUUCUGCAAAGCCACCUGGGUCAGCUCCCUGAAAAGGGCAACUUUCAUCAGCUCUUAUGUCAAGACCCCUCUGCUGAGAUGUGCAAAACGGCACCUGCUGAAGCCCAUCUGCCACAUGAGGAACCCAUAGACAACGCUGCUCCCGCUGUGUCCCCUUGGGCUUCCACAGUUCCUCUGACCAAGCCCCCUCUACCUCUGGCCUCCAAGCUUUCACCAUACCUGACCACCCCCUCAGUUCCUGGUCUUUUGCACUCACCUCUGAGUGCCUCUCAGCCAUCAGAGCCUUUUCUACCUCUAGACCAUCGCUCACGCCAACCACUCGCACCUUUCUCACCCCCACCACCUGCCUCUGGUUCCUUGGCCUGCCCUCAGCCUCCAACAGCCUUCUCUGCUCCACCACUGAUAGGCUCCUCUUUGACUCUUUCUCAGCAUGACUUGAUGUCACUCCCACUGAGUGCAUCUUUAUAUAACAAGUCUUGGUUGUCUGCUUCUACGCCAACAAUCUCAAGCUUUGACCGGUCAAGCCGUCCCAUUCUGGCCUCCUCCUGGUGGUGGGCGGCUACAAAAGACCUAUUCUUCCCGACCCCAACACACUCUGAAUUCCAGCAAGAGCAUCUUUCCCAUCACUCACGAGAAGCCUCUUUCUGGAGAGGCCCCGUAAACAGGCAGGUGGAAUUUGGUGGCCCCUCUUUCCUCAACUCGGAUGUCCAGAAGCUCCUGGAACUGCAAAUCACAAAGACAGUGGAAUUGAAGAGUUGGAAGGAAAAAAAAAAGGAGGGACCAGACUACCGUCUGAAUUCUUUAGGGAAUGUGUUUAAGUCCCUUCCUGAUGAGCAGGACAGCACAGUCCCUCAACCCUUCUGGAGCACCAAAGACAAACCAGAACAGCAACCCAGCCCUGAGAAGUCCCCAAAUCCUGAGACCUUGGGGGAUCAUUUGGGGCAUAAAUGUAGCCAGUUCUUCUGGGGCCUCCCCUUUCUGCACAGUGAGUCCCUGGUGGCUACUGUCAGGGGUUCUGGCUCUGCAGUAGAGUUUCCCUCUGUUUUCUUCAAUGGAAUCUCUAGUGCCUUACCAAUUCAAAUGCCAGCUGAAGAAUUUUCACUCCUCUCACAGUCCCAGGCCUUGCCACAUUAUGUGGUUCAAUCCCAACUCUUGAUUCCAACCAUGCCACAACCCCAGCCCUCACUUAUAUCUCAAGUCCAUUUCCAGCCCCAACCUCUGGCUCAGAUCCAGACCCAGGUCCAUCUCUCAUCCUCUCUCCCAAUUCUAGUACCUUCUUCUCCUCAGAUUGUUUCCUGUGGAGAAUUGUGGCCCACCUCCCAGAAUGAGUCACAAUCCCUCAUGCCAAUUGCAAUUCAACACCUGGAAUGUCACAUUUUGAAGAAGCAAAAAGAGAGUUGGAGGGCUUUACCCUUCGUGGUCACACGAUCUCAGGAAGCCUUUAGUUCUCUAAGUUCUAACCUUCCCCAGGAGAGCCAGGCCUCCCAGGCCCACAAGUCAGUCUCCAGCCUUCCUGGGGAUUUUCCUGUCAGCCCCGUGCUUUGCAGGCACCUGGAGCAACACCUUCCAAAGAGGUUUGUCCAAUAGCAGGGCAGCCUGCCCCGUAGGAUC